AUCGCGACUUUCGAACUGUGCAGUUUACUCUCUAACGCGCUUACCGUCUUGGCCGUAAAACUCGUGACUGAUCAAGAGAGAGCAAGUCUGAAACCAGCUUAGAGCGAGAAGACAGGUGUCGUUGAGUCUGUGUUGUCAGCAUCCGCGCUCGCCGCGCAACAGAAAGAAACGGCGAUAGGUGUGUCUUCUCUUCGAUUUUCGGCGCUCUCAAUUCUCUUGAGAAAAGAUCAAGAUACAAAGAUACAUAUAUCGCGCGCUUCCAGGGUGUGGUGCUAAAAAAAGAGUCAAUUUGUAAGAUGAGGCGCUUGAGUAUCUUGAACUGCGUGUGGAGCAGCCUGCUCCUGGUCGUUAUCAUCCACCAGACGAGGGCCCAGCGAACACCGACCAUAUCCUACAUCACGCAGGAGCAGAUCAAGGAUAUUGGCGGAACCGUGGAGUUCGAUUGCUCCGUUCAGUAUGCCAAAGAGUACAACGUGCUGUUCCUGAAGACGGACAGCGAUCCCGUCUUCCUGUCCACUGGCUCCACGCUGGUCAUCAAGGACUCGCGCUUCUCGCUGCGCUACGACCCGAACUCCUCCACCUACAAGCUGCAGAUCAAGGACAUCCAGGAGACGGACGCGGGCACCUACACCUGCCAGGUCGUCAUCUCGGUCGUCCACAAAGUCAGUGCCAAUGUGAAGUUGUCCGUGCGGCGACCUCCGGUCAUCUCCGACAACUCCACGCAAUCGGUGGUGGCCAGCGAGGGCAGCGAGGUCCAAAUGGAGUGCUACGCCAGUGGCUACCCCACUCCCACAAUCACCUGGCGGCGCGAGAACAAUGCCAUUCUGCCAACGGAUAGCGCUACCUAUGUGGGCAACACCCUGCGCAUCAAGUCGGUGAAGAAGGAGGAUCGCGGCACCUACUACUGCGUGGCCGACAACGGAGUGAGCAAGGGCGACCGGCGCAACAUCAACGUGGAGGUGGAGUUCGCUCCGGUAAUCACCGUGCCCCGCCCGCGAUUGGGUCAGGCCCUGCAGUACGACAUGGACCUGGAGUGCCACAUCGAGGCCUAUCCGCCGCCGGCCAUCGUGUGGACCAAGGACGACAUCCAGCUGGCCAACAACCAGCACUACAGCAUCUCGCACUUCGCCACCGCCGACGAGUACACCGACUCGACGCUCCGCGUGAUCACCAUCGAGAAGCGCCAGUACGGAGAUUAUGUGUGCAAGGCCACCAAUCGCUUUGGCGAGGCGGAGGCGCGCGUCAAUCUCUUCGAGACGAUCAUCCCCGUGUGCCCGCCCGCCUGUGGACAGGCGUACUUCGCCGGGGCCGAGGAUGUGGCCGCCACCUCGUUCGCCCUGGUGGGCAUCCUGGCGGCGCUGCUCUUCGCCAGAUAAGCCAACCGACUCCAAGCGCUCCUCCAAGUCCAAAAUAACCAUCACUCUGCCCUCGAACAUAUGCAUAAACAUAUAUAAAAUAGAUAUGUCGAGAAACAACACAUCGCAUAGCCGCGCAAUAGAUGUCUCAAAUGAUGAUUCCAGUUCCCAGUCUCAUUUUCUUUGGUAGCCUCUUCUCUCGAUCCCGUUUAGUCCAGCUCUAUUUUCGUACGUCCAAUAUUAUGUCUUAAGUUAAGUAGGCUAAGUGAAGGGCCAACGAUGCAGAAAAAUUCAAAUCCAAACCAGCCACAAACGAUGCAUUUCACCUCGAUCCCGUCCGUUUUGCUUUCUGAUCUGGCACUGUAUAUGUUUUAAAUAUUUUAAUCUAAGCAAGAUACAUCACAACAUUCGAUUUUGCUUCUACAAAUAAGAGAAUAUUUUAUUUUUAUUUAAUAAAUAAUGAAGUAUUUUCGUUACGCAAAUCUGACAACUCGAACACAAUCCCCUAAAAUAAACUUAACCCAUAGUCGAGGCAAAAUCCAUUUUCGAAUAAAAAUACAACAAAAGUUGUGUACAUUAUUAGCUCUUAAGCGCAAUGAGAAAUUUUUACCCAAAUUUUUGUGUGGGUGUGAGUAAAAUAAAUUUCGACUUUGUAAUAAAAAACGACAAAACACAAAACUAAAAUAAACAAAAAAAAAA